UUUAUUACUGUCGUUUCGCGUUUUGUUUUCUAAAUAAAGUACUACAGUCGUCAUGUCUGAUGUUGAUUCUGAAUUCGAGGAAGAUCCUGGCAUUAACAUUGGUGAAUAUGAAGGUGGUCGCAACAACAAUGAUGAACGACAUGGUGUAGGCAAAGCAACAUUUCCAAAUGGUGACACAUACGAAGGAAAAUAUCACAACGGAAAAAGGAGUGGAAACGGAACUUAUCGCUUUAGAAAUUCUGCAAAAUAUGUUGGCGAGUAUUCCAACGGGCGAAGACACGGUCAUGGAACAUUUUGGUAUCCAGAUGGUUCUCGGUAUGAAGGUGGUUGGAUUGACCAUCAAAGAAAUGGGUUUGGAAUAUAUUUUUACAUUAAUGGUGAUGUAUACGAAGGAGACUGGUACGAGCAUCAAAGACAUGGCCAGGGAACGUACUCAUAUGCAGCAACUGGUACAAAAUAUAAAGGUAUGUGGGUACGAGGUAGACGCCAGGGAUCUGGGGAGAUACUCCACUCCAAUCACCGUUUCCUCGGAAAGUUUCUGGACGACUUGACUGUGGGCUCUGGCAAGUUUCAGUUCGAUGUAGGAUGUGAACAAGUCGGUGAAUAUAAAUUAGAUCAGCUUGAGAUUCCUGGCGAGACUGAAGAAGAUGAAGUUAUUCAUUCAACUACGUCUAAAUGGAAAUGUUCCCACAUUCAGGAUAUUCAAAAUGCAGAAUGACUUGGCCAUAUCACACAAAAUAAGAAGAAAUAUUCACAAUAAGUCAACAGGAAAGGAUAUGAAGUGAAAUUUGAAAAAUGGUUAUAUUUAGUUUAGAAUCACACUCUAUACUUCUUUGCCUCUGUGAAAUAUUUUGAAUACCAUUUUUAAAGCAGUUAAAUGUGUGCAUGAUGCAGUCGUAAAACAUGGUGCUUGGUUUUAUGAUUAGGUUCUGAUCGACAAAUAUAUUUUUGCUUUAAUUUACUGAGGUAUAUGCAAGAGGUUUUUGAAAAAACCGUCAGUAAAAGUCUCUCAUUUCCUCUGUUUCCUAUACGCACCUUGAUCGUAUCCACAAUAGUCCUGAUGAUGAAUACUUUAUGAUAUAUCACUCAUUGACGGCAAUUUUUAAACCAGAGGGAAACGAAUUUGAAAUACCAUUCACUUAAUUAACAUGACAUUAAGAUAUGCUUUACUGAGUGAAAUGCUUCUACACCUUGUUCUAUUUUGGUCACAUAAGGGAAGUCAACCUUCUCAAACUGAUCAAAUAUAAUCUAUUUUUUGACUUUCAUGUACGUUUUGGUGGAAAACGUUAAUUAUUAUGAGCCAGCAAAACGUUUUUAUACACCGCAGUAGUAUACUUUCUAUUAAUCGUUUUGAAUAUUCCUUACUUUUCCGAAAGAUCGUUGUGCUGAUAGCAUAUUUUGCGCCUAAAAGGCAAAGUUGAAAGUCCCUAUAAGAAUCCAAAGAAGUUGAUACAGCCUAUAGUUCUGCAGAACUAUGCAUGAGAAUACAAAGAAAUUUUGAUAGUUUGAAGAACGAAUAGUUAUCAUGCACAUACAUCAGAAAAUUCCCGCCUUCAGAACAGCGAACAAAUAGCAUUUGAUGACCUUAUUACCUUUUACUGAAUUGUUGGUUGCAACACCUUCAAUUGUGUAAGGGGAAAGUGCGAAUAGAUAUGCAAUUGAUUUCAAGUAGCCAUUUCAGUCAUUUGGUGCCCAUUAAACUAUAGAACUGCAGUAUCUUGUAAUCUUGACAUUUAGACUUUGAUUCCAUAAUUGGAGACAAAUUAACAACCAAAUCAGGAAAGACUAUUAAACCAAGAUAAUAUACACAUGCAUGCUUGACCUCCUCAGUAUAUCGCUGUGUGGCUUCACAGAUAUUCAGAUGAAAAGAUGAGUUUAAUCAUUUUUCAUUUGUAACGCUGUAGAAUUAAGAUUUCUACAUUGUCUAGAAUGAUUUUCUGCCAAUCAGUGUCUUACUCUAUUAACUAUAUAACGUUUGGUUCACCCCCUUCCAUAUUUAACUGUAGUUCACCUGGUCCUUAUCGAUAGAAAUUAAUUAUACCGCU